AUGGGUCGCGGGGAGUCCUCAUCGAAGAGGGUGAUUGGCAAGGAGGAAUGGGAGGCCGCCUUGGAGCAGGAGGGUCCAAAGAAAGAGGACGUCAACCGCCUCAUCAUGGACUUCCUCGUCUCCGAGGGCUACCUCGACGCCGCCAAGGCCUUCUCCGAGGAGGCCAGCGUCAGGCUGCCCCAGGACCUGGGCGACCUCCCUGCGCGCACCGAGAUCCGCAGCGCCGUGCAGAACGGCCGGAUCGCCGACGCCAUGGAGCGCGUCGCCGAGCUCGACUCCGAGGUCCUCGAGGAGAGCCCCGCCCUGCGGUUCCGCCUCCACCAGCAGGCCUUCGUUGAGCUCAUACGCUCCGGCGACGCCGACGCGGCCCUCGAGUACGCGCAGGAGUUCCUCGCGCCGCAGGGGGAGGAGAACGAAGCGUUCCUCGAGGAGCUGGAGCGGACGGUGGCGCUGCUGGCGUUCGAGGACCGCGACGCGUGUCCGCUCGGGAGCCUCCUGGACGUCGGGCAGCGGCAGGAGUCGGCGCGCGCUCUGAACAGCGCACUGCUGACCAAGCAGAGCCUCCCGGGGGAGCCGCGGCUGGUGCUGCUGCUCAAGAUGAUGCUGUGGGCGCAGAAGCAGCUCGAGGAGAAGGCGACGUUCCCGCAGAUCAAGGACCUCGCCACCGCGCAGCUCGACGGCGAAGAAAACGUGUAA